UUGUUUUUUUUUUUUUUUUUUUUCUCCUUCAAAUGAAACUUCAAAAACAUGUUAAGCAGGCCUUUAUAUUGGCCGGAACAGACACAUCAGCUGCAACUUUAGAGUGGGCAAUGUCCAAUUUGCUUAAUCAUCCAGGAGUGUUAGAAAAGGCUAAAGCCGAAAUAGAUGCUGAAGUUGGGCAGGGUCGUCUAAUAGAUGAAUCGGACCUUUCAAAGCUACCAUACCUUCAAGCUAUUAUAACACAAACCCUUCGCUUGUACCCAGUUGCACCCCUCUUAAUUCCACACAUGUCUUCUGAAAACUGUAGUGUGGGAGGAUAUGACGUGCCAAAGGACACAAUACUGUUGAUAAAUGCAUGGGCGAUACAUAGAGAUCCCGAGGUCUGGGAUGAUCCCGAAGGUUUCAAGCCUGAAAGAAUGUUAGAGAAUGGAACUGGAAUUGACAGCUGCAAGAUAUUGCCUUUUGGGAUGGGAAGGAGAGCAUGUCCUGGGAUGGGGCUGGCCAAUCGUGUCGUGGGCUUGACUUUGGGUUCUUUGAUUCAGUGCUUUGAAUGGAAAAGGGUUGGUGUUGAGGAAAUUGACAUGAUGGAAGGCACUGGAAUCACCAUGCCAAAAGCCCAUCCGUUGGUGGCCAUGCGUAAACCACGCCAUUUUAUUGAUGGGGUUUUCACCGGAGAAGCUAUAUCUGGCUAGAAGUGUCAUGAAAACUGUGUUUGGGUGAAAGGAAAAUAAGAGCGAACGGAAAACUUGAGAGGAGAAUAAUCUUACCUUUCACUCGCUUUAUGUUUGGUUGAGAAGAAAAUAAGAAACAAAAUAAAAUUUGAAAGGAAAAUAAAUUUUAAAAUUUACUCUCAUUUUUUCUUCAAAAUAUUUGAAAUUAUAAAUAUAUCCCUUCGGAUAAUAUUUGUACUUAUUAUAUU